UUCGAAGUCUAGAUUGACUCACAACACUCAGUCGAUAUAAGAUACGAGCUUCUGUGCCGAGCUUACGGACGUGAAGGAGCAUAAUUACAAAACACCGACGCCGGCCAGAACUACCUUGGGAGAUUUGACAAUUUAAUCUCUCGAAGCUGGUGAGAUAAUAGUUUUAUAUUUUUGACGUCACUUGGCCUUUAUCCCACCCAAAGUAAUUCACGACCAAAUCCUAUCAACAUGGGGGAGAAGAAUGUCGUCGUCGUCGGAGCUGGAGUCGCUGGGUUGACGACGGCCCUCCUCCUCUCGAGGAAAACUGGCUAUAAAAUUGUCGUUGCUGCGAAGCAUAUGCCCGGUGACUACGACAUUGAAUACGCAUCUCCUUGGGCAGGAGCAAAUUAUAUGCCUGUGUCAAUACGUGGCACAGCCGCGGCGGAGUGGGAUAAGAACACAUGGGGACCCCUUGAGGACCUUGCGCAAAAUCACCCCGAAGCUGGAGUUCAUUUCCAAGAUUGCGAGAUCCACAGCCGGGCCAAAGACGUUGGAUCAGCAACGGCGAACUGGUUUGCCGAAUUACUGUCGCCGAGCCCAUGGUUCAAGGAAGUGCUGCCAAAUUUCCGAGCUAUACCAAAGGAAUCCCUUCGACCUGGUAUUGAUCAUGCCACAGUCUUCACGUCUGUAUGCAUAAACACAGCCAUAUAUCUGCCCUGGCUGGUCUCACAGUGUCUCAAGAACGGAGUUGUGUUCAGAAGAGCAGUUUUCAAGCACAUCUCCGAGGCAUCAUCUCCGAGUAUUCAUCCUUCGAACAAAGUGGACCUCGUGAUCAACUGCACAGGGCUCAUGGCUUGUCGACUAGGCGGUGUUGAGGACCAGUCGGUUGUGCCAGCAAGAGGACAGAUUGUGAUCGUCCGCAACGACGCUGGCAAGAUGCUUGACAUUUCCGGUACCGAUGAUGGGGACGACGAAGCAUGCUACAUCAUGACAAGAGCAGCUGGAGGAGGAACGAUUCUCGGCGGAUCCUACCAGAAGGGGAACUGGGAGUCUCAGGUGGACCCCAACCUCGCAAUACGCAUCAUGAAGAGGGCGGUGGAGCUUUGUCCAUCAUUGACUGGAGGAAAGGGCAUUGAGCAUCUUGACGUGAUCCGACACGGUGUAGGACUGAGACCUGUUCGAGAAGGAGGAACAAGAAUUGAGAAAGAGAAAAUCGGAGGUGUGUGGGUUGUGCAUAAUUAUGGCGCUGGCGGAGCUGGCUACCAAUCAUCCUAUGGAUGCGCCCAAGCUGCAGUGGCACUGGUAGAGGAGGCGUUUGAGGUCCGAGCAAGAUUGUGAGGAGGUGCGCCAGCAAGAGGGUUGCGACAUUUCCUGUUGGAAUAAUUUGUAGAUCUAUCAGGCGAGAGGGCUCCAGAUCAACACCAUACCUUGUAAGACGCAAUGGUGAAUUUAGUCCGAGGUUCAGAUAUGGUAUUACUCCACAGAUUAGAUCACAAACGAUGUUGGAAGUUGAGUGGAAGAUGCAUGGAUGCAUUCAUUCAGUCAGAUAUUACCCUUUUAGGAAGGAGAGAUCAUGCGUUCCAGGCUGCAGGACGUCUGUACGUAGGGCAGGUACGAGUCAAGGGUCGUCCUUGCAUCCGG